UAGUGUCUGGUUGAGUCAUAUAUAGCUCCUCCAAAAAGAGUAGAAUAUGUAUGCUGCUUGUGCAAAAUCAAUUAAUUCCAUCACAUACCAUGAUCACUCAAAACCCCAUCUUCCUCACCAUUUCAUCUCUCUUGAUUCUCUCACUACUCAAUAAUUUGUUUCAAACUUGUGUUGCAAACUCUUAUUGCAGUCCUUCUGCGUGUGGCAUCUUUCCCAAUAUCAGCUCCCCUUUCCGCCUCAAGGGCCAUCCAAAGAAGUGCGGUGAUGGCAGAUUUGAGUUAGCCUGCGAAAACAAUGUGACCUCCAUCUCUCUCAACUCUCACAAAUACUAUGUCAAAGCCAUCAACUACAGCAACUCCGCCAUCAGGCUGGUCGAUGCUUCCAUAAACAAUCACGACAUCUGCUCUUUUCCCACCCUUUUCGACUUUUCUAUUGAUCCUCGCUUUUAUUUCUAUGUUACGCGUUACUCUAACUCUCCUAUUAAUUUUAUAAGCUGCCCAAAUCAGUUGACCAAUUCAUCCCUUUUUACUGAUAUCACUACUCAGUGUGCCUCUAAUUCAUCCCAUCCCAGAUAUGCUUAUAUCAAGGUCGGCCACAUGACGGCCUCAGAGUUACCAUAUUCGUGCGGUGUAGAUCUCAUAGUGAUGACAUCGUGGCAGGAAUUUAAGGAUUUCAACAACGUUUCACUUUCAGAAAUCCACCAAUCUCUCUUGUAUGGACUUGAACUCUAUUUCUGUACCCAGUCCUGGUGCGGAUCAUCCACAAAGUUAAACUGGGAGAAUUUCAAAAGGCAGUUAUUCAGUAAUAGGCUUUUACUAAUUCCUCUCGCUCUUCUAGUCAGAGGAGUGGAGAGUACUAAGACCGAAAGAAAUCUAAUUUUGACCCCCCCCAAAAAAAUGCCAGUUUUUAUAAUUGCAGGGGUAAGUCUCCCUCUGACGAUCAUCAUCGGAAUCAUCGGCGUAUUAGUACUCUCAUUUGCUUCCAUUUCCAUUUCGGGCCGGCUAGACGGCGUGCCUUACAAAUUCAGUAACUACUUCAGUGCCUUACAAGUACAGAGCUUGGGAACUACUAAUUUCUCAUCCAUUGCGCUUCUCGUGAGUUGUGUGGCCAUUAUAGUUUUGUUAUCUGCAGCAAUAAACCCCCUUCUCACGAUCAUCACCGGAUUUGGCGGUGUAUUACUAGUCUCAUUUAUUUUGAUACACAACAGGUCCUUCUCCACUAUAAUGAACGAAGCUACUAGAUUCCUAUUCAUUGGCGUAAUAUCAGGGAUAGUCAUCUCUUUACCAAAGAUCAUCAUUGGUCCUUUUGUAGUAUGGUUUUUGAUCUACAAAUUCCGAAGAAGGCGCUUGUCGGUGUACGAGGAAAUAGAAGGCUUCCUAAAAAGUGACAACAAACUCUCGCCAAUCAGGUACUCAUAUUCAGACAUAAAGAAGAUGACGAGAGGUUUUCGAGAAAAACUAGGCCAAGGAGGGUUCGGUUCUGUUUACAAAGGAAAGCUCCGAAGUGGGCAUGAUGUAGCUGUCAAAUUACUGGGAAAGGCUACAACGAAUGGACAAGACUUUAUCAAUGAAAUUGGUACCAUUGGGAGGAUCCAUCAUGUGAAUGUUGUCAAGCUUGUUGGAUAUUGUGCUGAAAUGUCCAAACGCGCCCUCAUAUUCGAUUUCAUGCCCAAUGGCUCUCUUGAAAAGUACAUCUUCAACCGAGAAAAAACAUCUUCAUUGGAUUGGGAUAUGAAAUUUAAAAUUGCAGUUGAAGUGGCCCGAGGGAUUAAGUAUUUGCAUUGUGGUUGUGAUAUACAAAUCUUACAUUUUGAUAUCAAACCUCACAAUAUACUUCUUGAUGAUAAGUUUGUCCCAAAAAUAUCAGAUUUUGGGUUGGCAAAAUUAUGCUCCAUAGAGAAAGACACUGUGACCAUGACUGCUGCUAGAGGAACUAUAGGCUAUGUUGCUCCGGAACUCAUAAACAGAAGUAUUGGCGGAGUGUCUUACAAGGCUGAUGUGUAUAGUUUUGGGAUGCUGUUGAUGGAAAUGAUUGGCUUAAACAGAGAGUUGAAGGGAAAUAAUGAUGAUUCUAGCAAGUAUUUUCCAGAAUGGAUAUAUGACCACUUUAACCAAGGCAAAGACAUUGAAAUCGAAAAAGCAGAGGAAAAUAAUGGUAAUGAUGAUGAGAAUGAGAGUAGAAAGAGUCUUGUACAUAAGAUGACAAUAGUUGCGCUAUGGUGCAUACAGAUAAGGCCAGAUGAUCGUCCAUCAAUGCAUAAAGUGCUGGAAAUGUUGGAAGCUGAUGUUAAACAUCUGCACAUUCCUGAUUAUCCACCUCAAUCAGCAGAUGUGGCUGGAAACGAGGAAGAGAGCUGGCGUACAGAUGCAACUGAUUCUGUAUCCCAGCUACAUUAUAACAAUGGGAGCAGCAUUGAGAUUACUAUUGCUUGAAUCUUUUUUCUCCUCUGUUUUUGCAUGAAACAGGUUCCUCUUUUAUGUAUGAGUUUCAUAGCCUUCAUUCCUUCAUCGAUCUCUUCUACAGUGAAAAAAGUAAUACAGUGAUCUCUAGAAUCAACUUAUGCGAUUGUUAUAGUUGUGAUUUGCUCACAAUCAGAUGUCAA